AGCACAUCCUGCUUGUGUCGCUCGCUCUUCCUGCACGGUACACGUGCGCCCCAGGUGUCUGACAGCUGUAUGUGCAGGCGGCCGGGGGAGCGGGCGUGUUGCAGUCCUGAUGCUGAGUCCAGCAGAGUUGUUUGCCGUGCGGAGCCGGGAGCAGAGCCUUCCUCAACGUUCACAUGGACAGAAGGACUUUCUGCCCAAUGGGUCACAGAUACAGGAUGAGAAGCUGCAGGUCUGUCGGGCAGAGCAGUGGGAGCUGCUGGCAGAGGAGCGGGUGGAGCGACUGGGAAGCUUGGGGAGAGGAGUUUGGAAACCAGAAGAAGAAUUGGUGGAGCUGACAUUGCCUGCGGGCAAGUUCUGGCAGACCAUGGGGCACACAGAGGAUGGACGGCAAUGUCUCCUUCCUGAGGAAGCAGUCUACUUACUCGAGUGUGGAACCAUUCAGGUGUUUUACCGGGAUCUUCAACUGUCUGUUCAGGAGGCUUAUGAGAGACUCUUCUCUAGUGGUCCCAUCAGUCUGCUACACUAUCAGGUUUAUAGCCACUUGAAAAGAUUGGGCUACAUUGUCACCCGCUUUGACCCAAGCUCAAUACAGUUACCGUAUGAGAGACAGAUAAACUUGGAGAGCCAUGCUGCAUCGAAUAGGAAACGUAAGAGGAGUACAAGAGCCUGUCCAGGAGCUCAGAAUGAGUUGGAGACAUCAGGAAGCAACGGCAAAGAUGAAAGUAAGACUUCAAAGCCCAAGAUUAGCCAUGACCCAGAAACAGCGGCUUCCUUCACCCCAGAACCCAUGACGUUGGAGCCAGUUGUAUCAGAAAAUGCGAACAUUGAUGACGAACCCAAAAAUAACAACAACGAAAAAACGGUCCCUGAAGAACUGAAAGAUUUGAAAGCUCCUAUGAAAUCACAAAGGAGAUGGGAUUUCUCAAAAAUCUGCUUUCCAAAUUGUGCCUAUGAUCAUCCUUGCCUUCAGCUGCCAGAUCCCGAGCCUGCCUUUUUGCCUGAUAAUGUGAGCGGGCGUCAAGUGGACAUUUCUCCUUGGUUAAGAAAGCUGAACUUACGUCCAGAGAAGUUCUCCAGGAGGGAGCAAGAGCAAUUGGACUGGGAACGGAAGUACAAAAUCAGCAUCAACACUGACCCUAAAAUUAAAAAGUGCAGCAACUGGAGUGAAUAUAAGACGCUCCUGCAGGAGAGAGAACGUCAGAGUCAUAGGGAGAGACCGCCACAUCUUUGGUCGAGUACGGUCAGACCCCUGCUGACGCCUGGACAUGUGAAAUCUACAGCUUGUGUUUUAGAGCAGAUAACGGUUAUCACUCAGUCUACUCUGCUGGAGGAUGGUAAGAGGCUUCAGGACGCGCAGAAUACACCACAGAUACACUUUAAUUUGUAUCAAGCUGAUGGAAACUCUGAGUUCAAGAAAUCCAAACCAGGCAAACCCUACGCUUAUUUGUGUGUGCGCAGCUUCGAUGAGCAGAUCCCUUCCCUGCGUACCAUGAAGAGCCUGGCGUACCGGAGUGGAGACGUACCCGUUGUGUUUGCCCUGGUGGAUUGUGGAGAGAUAGCCUUUUACACCUUCAAAGAUUUACAGCUACCGGUGGAUGUUUACCCAUGAUCUUUGAACAUCUCUGUGUAUGGAAAAGGUUCUCCUCCUUUUAAUCGAUUAUUUACUUUAUUAUAUACAUUUUCAGGAGAGAAAAAAAAAUAUUUUUCAUGUAUAUUUUUGAAAAAAAAAGGAAAACUACAAUGAACAAUGCCCGGUAAAAUAAAACUUAAAAAAAGAAGACCCCCACGAAUGAUUAAAACACGAGACAUUUCCUUUCACAAUGCUGGAGCAUUUUAUUCUUUGGAAAUCAGUAUUUU